AGCAAUGUGUGCACUUAAAGUAAUUACAAAAUAAUUGCUGCGUGUUAAAGGCUAAAGCGAGGGGCUUCAUGAGAUGAUAACCGCCCCUAGAACAUCAUCAGUGAACACCGUGGCUUAAAAGCGUCCGGCAUUAAAUGCCCACCUUUCUGAUGAAAGAGAAAUGUGAUAGCCACUAUUACUCAAGAGGAAAGAAUGUGUUCCACAUUCUACAUAAUGAGGCAGCCGCGGCGGGGAGCCACAAAUGUGCCGCAAAACCACCUCAAAAUGGAGACCUGGGGUUACGCUUUCAACCACAGCCAAGGUUUUCGCCACCUAUUUUCCUGUUUCUCAUCAGUAUUAUUCCGUCCAUUUGGCUUUUAGAGCUGCACCACCAGCAAAACAAAGCUAAUGCUCCUGAGUGUAAGUCUCUUAACUCCUGGGAAAAUGUGCAGAAAGUGAUGUCAAUCAAUAAAACUGUGAAUGAAACUUCAGAUUUCCUCAAGGGCAUUGAGCAGGCCUUCUCCUCAGUCUGUCUCAAUGACUGGAUCCUGGCUCUCCAUCAGAUCCUGCUCAUCUUGCUUAUCAUUGGGAAGUGGCUUCUUCCUGCUGGAGGGGUCACCCGUGAGCAACUGUCCCAACUUCUCCUCAUUUUUGUCGGGACAGCUGCAGACAUCCUAGAAUUCACCAGUGAGACCCUUUCUGAUGUCAAGGAAAACAGUCCUCAGCUGGUCUAUAUCAUCCUGGCUGUAUGGACAUGGAGUAUGCUGCAGUUUCCUUUCCAUUUUGCUGUGGUGAACACAGAGCCCGACAGUGAGGAAAGGGUUCAGGAGAUGUCCCUCUUAAACAAGCACAGCACAGAUGUGUGGAGUAUUGUGGAAGCCCUGUUCAUCCAGGAUGGACCAUUCCUGGUGGUGCGACUGACUGUCAUGACCUACUUUGAUGUCUUUCACCAAAUGCUGGUCUUCUUCACCAUCAAGAACCUGUUGGUGGUCAUCCUUAACCUGUACCGCCUGGUGGUCAUAUGUCAGGACUUCAGGUCAUCCCGCAGUGGGAUUGGUGAGGCCACACCUUUACCUUGAUGGAACAUCAACACAUCCUUUGUAAAUAAUGCACAAGGCGGCUACAUUUUUUGUUCAUUGUUACAUUCCACAAUCCACAGUACAGCAUAUAGUGUUUUCUACCUCAUCAUCAUCUCAUCUUCAUCAGUAACUUUUUCCUAUCUACUAAAGACUCAUUUUAAAGCUUGUUGGAGUCAGAUGAUACUGUCCACUUCAAUGUAAGUUUUAUAUUGACUAUUAAGUGCAUGUGUAAGGUUAGACAACUCAUUUCACUAAAUCAUAGGUAAUAUUAUAUUUAAACCCUAGCAGAGGUAAUUCCAUAGCUGUUACCUAAUGUUACAAGGGCAAGCACAAGGGCCAGGGCCUGUUAGGGACUUCUAGGCCUUCACACAAGGCCCAAACAUUUCAGCAUUUAUAUGUUAAAUUUAAAGACUGUAUAAAAAGACAAUUUCUAUAAAAAAUUCAUAAAUUCAUAUUUCAUAAACACGUUCAGAAAACUAGUGUCCAAUCAGAUUUAGUGUUUUUUGUUACAUGUUCAGAACUUAUUAUUAUUAUUAUUAUUAUUAUUAUUAUUAAAUAAACUCAUCAAAAGUACAAGGUAUACAAAUUAUACAAAAAUAAAUAUGCAAAAAUAAAUAAAAUAUUAAUAGUUUACAAAAUAGAUGUAACAGGGUGAGACAGAGGUAAUGCUAGGGAGGGGUAAAUUAAUAAAAUGUCACAACAAAAAUUUACAAUUACAAAAAAAUUAAUAAAUUCAAUUGUUCAAGGAUUUCCAGGGUUUGACAGCUUUAGAAUUAGUGGACAAGUGGAAAGGUUUUCUUAUAAUACUGGAUUUUGGAAGGUAAAAUAGGAAAGAUGGGUUUAUGAUGAAUUAAUAUGUUUUUCUGUAUGUGAAAAUGUUGCUAAAUUAAUUAAAAUAUGAACAGUGUUGGGAAGGUUACUUUUAGAAUGUAAUCCCCUACAGAUUACAUAUUACACACCCCAAAAUGUAAUUUGUAACGUAAUCCAUUAAAUUACUUAAAGUGAGUAACGUAAUCUGAUUACUUUGGAUUACUUGAUAUUGUCAUGUUUUUUUAAACGACAUGAAUGU